AUGAUUGUUUGGCGAGGUAGUCACAUCUACAUUGAAUAUUUUCUUUAUCACACUCCAUCAAAAUUAUCUUUGAGAGCAUGUGAUUGUCUUAGAGGUGCAUAUUUACGUGAAGAAGUUUUUUUAGAUUCAGUGGUGGCAGAAGAAUAUCUUGAACAAGCAUUGAAAAUCAUGAUUGAGGAUGAUAAAUUGAUGGUUUCUGAUCCCAUAGUGUUGGAUACUAUGGAGCGUUUGGCAAAGAAUUCAAUUUGGCAAGGAAAUUUGUAUGAGGCAACUUUAAAAUAUAAUAAAAUAAGAGAUAUUUUAAUUGAUUCAUUAAGCAGUAGUAGCAGUAAUGAAGAUGAAGAAAAAGAAAAAUUAGUGAAAGUCAUUGAAGUGAACAGGAAAUUAGCAGAUUUAUAUAUUAAAAUGAAGGCUUAUAAUCAAGCAGAGAAAUAUUUAGGCUGGAUUAUUGAAAUUUUAAAGGGAAAAGAUCAGGAGGAACAAGUAUUAUUAGUGAAUCAGAAAAGGAGCUUGGAUAGAAAUAAGAAACCAGUGGUUUCAAUGGUAACUGAAUUACUUAUCAAUAAUCCAAAAAAUGUUGAUAAACAAUUUAUUUUAUGUGUGAAUGCUCUUGCAGGUUUAUAUGCACAAAAGAAAAAUUUUGAAUAUGCAUUACCAAUCUAUCUUGGAAUGUUAAAAUUAAUACAAGCAAUAGUUAUGGGACAUUUGGGUGAAGUUUUUUAUGGCAUGGAUCAGAAAGAUGAUGCAAUGGGAUGGAUGCAAAAAGGAUUAACAAUUUCAAAGAGUCAAGUUGAUGAAAGAGAUUGUGAUGAAUGUAGUGGUGUGAUACUUAAUAAUUUAGGUUUGAUUCAUGAGAGAGAUGGUAAUAAACAACAUGCCAUAUCAUUAUUUAGUCAAGCAACUGAAUAUGCUUAUAGUAGUACUAAAAAUAUGGCAGGCUAA